UGUGCAGUACUCACUGCCGUCAGUAGCAGUAUCCGAGCGAAUGGAUGGAGCCUCGUCUUUUUUGUGUGCCCUUUAUGGGCAACAUUUUCCUGAACCGUGAAAUCUCCGUGGGUUGUAAACUACUGCUGGUGCUGUCAGUUACACUGAUGAGCAGAAACACCGAAGCCCUCCAGGUGAUUGGUGGACGCGCAACAGUGGUGAAAGGAGGGACCACUAUCUUACCCUGCAAACUCAUUGAGACCUCAGAGACCCUGACUCAGAUUACAUGGCAGAGGAGAACCAGAGAAAAACCUAAAAAUGACAACUUCUACACAAUCCAAUUGGAUGGACCCCAAUAUGUUAAUGGACCUGAUAAUCGAUUUAAGUUUAUUGGGAAUUUUUCUGACAAAAAUGGAUCUCUACAGUUGUCCAAUGUUCAAUUGAAGGAUGAAGGCACCUACACUUGCAUCUUCACUUUGUUCCCCAGUGGAAAUCACAAGACAGAGAUACCUCUGAACCUGCUUGUGCCUCCAGUCACAAGCCUGAAGGGUAAUAAUUUAACUUUGGGUACUGGAGAAGUUUCCCUUGCUACCUGCACGGCUGCCGGCUCCAAGCCUUCUUCAGAGGUGACCUGGCUCACUGGUACCCUGGCAGUGAACGCGACGACCAACUCCACCCAGCACGACAACGAUACAACGACCACAACCAGCUCACUGUUUGGAAUCCCUACCACGGAAAUGAACAACCAAUCAGUUCAGUGUGUCAUCACAACAGCAGGCCUGCUUGAAGAACAAGUCCUGUCUUUGACCAUCCAAGUUCACUUCCCACCCAUGGACGUGACGAUUGUUCGACGUUCUGAAAACUCAUAUGAAUGUGUAACCAACGCCAACCCAGAGGCACAUUUCGUCUGGAGCAGGUCUGAUCAGUCUUUGCCUGAGUCUGAUAUUAAAGUUCAGGGUUCAACUCUGCAGUUUGUGAGGAAGACCUCUAAUCUGAAUGGGCUCUAUCAGUGUGAGGCUGUCAACCAAUAUGGAAGAAAAGGUGGAGGUCAGCUCCACGUGUACAUGGAUUUUGGCUCCUACACUGCUGGCUGGACCUUAUUUGGUCUUCUGCUUUCCCUGAACAUUGUAGCCUCAGUGUGGUACUUUCGUAAACGCAAGUAUACUCCAAGCAGAGAACAAGGGACACGUGGAGAAAGAAACGCUAUUUCAACAUCUCCAAGCAACGACAGUGGAGAAGAGCAGGAACCUGUUUGACAGGUAAAAAUGAGAGAAUCCAAAGCAAAUGUUUGAGGAUCACCUGAUCAGUGAAGAGUUGGACAACGUGGACACGUGUGGUGUUUCAGUUUAUAUUUAAGGUUUAAUUCUACUCACUGGUUUUACAAACAAACAAAAACUUAUUUCUUGUUUGUCCCUUUUGUGUGCGACGACCAUGGACGACACCCAGUCUGUGGGCUUGGACACUGUGGUGAACUCAUGCUUGCAUUGCCAAGGGGGUGCGGUGUGCUGAUGACAGGCUGUGCAGCCAGAUGCAGGGUCAUGGAGUAUGUGAUCGGGAGUACUCCGAGCUCGUCGUGGAAUAAGUCUUUAUACUGCUCAAAAAUAUCUUUGGUGAAAUCAACAUUGGUUUCUGUGCUAAUCUGGUGAACCAGGAGCACACAUGCAUGAAAUCCCAGCAGUGGUACCACAUCACACUCCACUAGAAAAAAAGGAAGCAUGUGUUGCUGUCCUUCUAGACAAGGCAUUGUGACUAAACCAGCAGUCUGUAUUCUGCUGCCUCCGUAAACCACUAGGUUGGUGGUUUUGUCCUAAUUCACUCAUUACUCCGCCAUCUGUCCAAGCUUUGAUCCAUCACUAUGUUAAAGUCUCCUCCCUAUAAUACUGUAGGGAAUGUUAGUAACAGCUGCUUAAUUUUGUUUUCUAUUGUUGAAAAUAUAACUGAUUAUUUUGUUUACUAUUGGAUGCAUAUAUAUUUAUAACAAUAAACUGAUGAUGAUUAUCCAUCUA